GUAUUUCAGGCCAUGGUGGAAUGGUGGUAAUUGAUUGAAAGGAUCUCCUCUUAAAAGUGUCAGUCGCCAUCAUGGUUCAAAUCAAAGACUUCGCUGUGGAACAAUGGAUGGACAAAUAUGAAGCCCAAGCCAAGUACAAUGUGGCAGAAACCUGUUGCGCUUCUGUGUCUGUGAAAGAUCUACAAGAACUCUCAGAAGAUGCCUCCUCUGAUCCGCUGGACUUUUCUACCAAGCUCACAUAUGGGGCAAUUCGUGGCUCCGAGAGACUGCGCACCACGCUCGCCAAUCUAUAUUCCGUGAGGACACCAACUCCACUGCCUUCUGAUAACAUCUUGAUCACCGCUGGCGCUAUCCAGGCCAAUUUCCUCGUGCUGUAUUCGCUGGUGGGCCCUGGAGAUCAUGUUGUCUGUCACUACCCCACGUAUCAGCAGCUCUACUCCGUCCCCGCGUCUCUGGGCGUGGAGGUGAGUCUAUGGAAAGCGAAGGAGUCGGAUGGCUGGAAGUUGGACCCUAGCGAGUUAAGGGCGCUCAUCCAACCAAACACUAAGCUCCUGAUUCUCAACAAUCCCCAAAACCCCACGGGAGCUAUCAUCCCCCAGGACACCUUGGAGGAGAUUGUGGAAAUCGCACAGAGCUCUUCGGUCUACGUUUUCUGCGACGAAGUGUAUCGACCGAUGUUUCACUCCAUCACCCCAAUGGAACCCGGCUUUCCGUCAUCGGUGUUGUCGCUGGGGUAUGAGCGCACAAUUGUCACAGGGUCCAUGUCCAAGGCCUAUAGCUUAGCGGGGAUCCGGGUGGGAUGGAUUGCCUCUCGCGACCAAUCUGUGAUAGAGACGUGUGCCUCCGCCCGGGAUUACACCACCAUCUCUGUCUCCCAGCUAGACGAUGCCGUCGCCAGCUACGCUCUAGCCCCCACCACGAUCCAUGCACUGCUGAAACGGAACCUCGAGCUCGCCAAGGUCAAUAUUACGAUCUUGGAGAAGUUUGUCGAGUCCCAUCGGUGGGCGUGUGAUUGGGUCAAGCCCCGCGCGGGUACGACGGCCUUUGUGCGGUUCAACAAGAUGGGUAAGCCCGUGAACGAUACGGCGUUUUGUGAGAUGUUGCUGGAGCGGACUGGAGUGAUGUUUGUGCCGGGUCGGCUGUGUUUCGGGAACGGGGAAGAUUUCGCAGGAUAUGUGCGAAUUGGGUAUGCUUGCGAGACCCAUGUGCUGGAGCAAGGAUUAGAGGCUCUACGGGGGUUUCUGGAGGACGAAUACGAGCAUGUGCCCGUGCCAAUCCAUCCCCUUGAAAAAGGGUCAAAGCUGUUCCACCUCGACUUGCCGCCGCCGCCCGCACAAACCGAGGCAUUAUUGGACUCCGCAUUCCAACAUUCACCAAAGCCAGUGUCCAGUAUAGAGCUCCUACCUAAGAACCCUUUGCGGGAAUCAAUCAUUUCACUAAUGCCUAUUCCACUACCAUUAGACCUGCCCCUGUCCCUCGCCGCUCCGGCCCUGGCGACCACUUUGGCCUACCUCAACGCAAAAUACUCUCUGUUUUAUGAUGCCAAAAUAUUCAAGGCGCUUUUCAGGUCCAUCACUUCCUCGCGCCUGGCCUUACGCCGCGAUACCCUGAACCUCUUCUAUACCCUGGAACGCUAUGCCCGGGACGCGUCCUCCAAAGACCGUCCGUUUCUCGUAUAUGACGGCCGCUCAUGGACCUUCCAUGAAACAUAUGUGAUGGCCCUGCGCUAUGGCACUUGGUUCAAGACGGUACAUGGUGUCCAGCCCAAAGAGAUCGUAGCCGUGAACCUGAUGAACUCGGCCACUUUCAUUUUCGUCUGGCUUGGCUUGUGGAGUAUCGGAGCUACACCCGCCUUCAUUAACUAUAAUCUUUCGGGAACCCCACUGAGGCACUCGCUGUAUACCUCCACCGCUCGCCUGCUCAUCGUGGACGAAGAGGUGCGGGCCUCGUUCCCCCCCGAGCAGAUGGAGAUAUUUGCCGCUCCUGAGUUCCGCGAGGACGGGGGUUCUCUCGAGGUCGUUUUCCAUACCCCGGAGAUGGAAGCCCAGGUGCUGCAGACAGAGGCGAUUCGGGAGGACGACACGGCGCGCAGUGGGCAGCAACUGCGCGAUCUGGCCGUCCUGAUCUACACCAGCGGCACGACGGGGCUGCCUAAACCGGCGAUCGUCAGCUGGAGGAAAUGCUGGUCCGGAAGCGUUUUUGUAGGCAGCAUUAUAGAGCUGGGGGAAAACGACCGUGUCUUCACCGUAGCUUAUGGAAAGAUUCAGUGCAUGCCGCUAUAUCACUCAUCCGCUGCAGUCCUAGGAUUUCUAGCCUGUUUGACGACUGGCGCAACCAUCAUAAUUGGCCGCAAGUUUUCAGCCCGAACGUUUAUGAGAGAAGCGCGCGAGAAUGACGCCACCGUCCUCCAAUACGUCGGCGAAACCCUGCGGUAUCUGCUCGCCGUCCCCCCCCAGGUGGACCCGGCCACCGGCGAGGAUUUGGACAAGAAACACGCCAUUCGUGCAGUAUACGGCAACGGACUCAGACCGGACGUCUGGAACCGCUUCAAGCAGCGGUUCCGCGUGCCGACCGUGGCUGAAUUCUACGCGGCGACAGAGGGGACCUCGGGAACGUGGAACGUCUCGUCGAACGACUUUGGCGCAGGCGCCAUCGGCCGCAACGGCCUCUUCAGCGGGCUGAUGAUUUCGCGGGGGCUCACCCUCGUCAAGGUCGACGCCGAAUCCCAGGAACCGUGGCGGGAUCCGCACACGGGGUUUUGCCAGGCGGUCCCCCGCGGGGAACCGGGCGAGCUGCUGUACGCGAUUGACGCGGCCGACCCUGCGGAGACAUUCCAGGGCUACUUCCGCAACGCCACGGCAACCGAGGGCAAGAUUGUGCGCGAUGUCCUCCGCAAGGGCGAUGCCUUUUUCCGCACGGGCGACCUGGUCCGGUGGGAUCGCGAGGGCCGCUGGUUCUUCUCGGACCGCCUGGGCGAUACCUUCCGGUGGAAGAGCGAGAACGUGUCCACGAGUGAAGUGGCCGGCGUGCUCGGCGUGCAUCCGGCCGUGCACGAGGCCAACGUGUACGGCGUCGCCCUCCCGAACCACGACGGCCGCGCGGGCUGCGCGGCCCUCGUCUUCACCCAGCAGCUGCACGCCCGCGAUCCGUCCGUGCUGGUGUCGCCGGCGGCAGAGACGCUCCAGAGCCUCGCGACCCACGUGUUGCACAACCUCCCUCGGUUUGCGGCCCCCCUGUUCCUGCGCAUUACGCCGCAGAUGCAGGCGACCGGCAAUAACAAGCAGCAGAAGCAUGUGCUGCGGACCGAGGGCGUUGACCCGGGCUUGGUCGGGACAGACCAACUGUAUUGGCUCCAGGGUAAUACAUAUGUCCCGUUUGGGGCGAAGGACUGGAGCUUGCUUCAGGGGGGGCAGGUGAAGCUGUAG